AUGGAGACAAGUCUGGAGUUGGAUGUUUUGAUAUACCCAGAUGAAGUAAGGAUUGUUACUCCGGAGGAACUCAUAGAAUGGGAACUUGAGACUGCGAGCCAGGUGUCCAUACCCACCGUCCGACUCUUUGUGGCACUUUACCCAUAUAAUCCUGCUGCAAUGUCUCCCAACCAUGACACGGCUGCAGAGGAGCUGCCUUUUGUACCAGGCCAGAUAAUCAAGGUGUUUGGAGACAAAGACAAUGAUGGUUUCUUUCAUGGUGAGUCUGGUGGUCUCUCCGGUUAUGUACCAAGUAACAUGGUGGCUGAAAUCCCAGUGGACGACGAGUACCUGAAGCAUCUACUCAUGCAGCAGGGAUUCCUGCCUGUGGACCACACAGAUAUGUCUCUAACGCCAAGUUUGAGCGACGUAGCCAGCAUCCCUGAUGAUGUGAUUGUUCGACGAAUGGUGGCCUUAUUUGACUAUGAUCCGUGGGAGAGUUCACCCAACAUGGACAGUGAAGUUGAACUUGGUUUUCGUUCAGGAGACAUUAUAUAUGUGUUAGGUGAGAUGGAUCAAGACGGAUUUUACUAUGGGGAUCUGUGUGGACGACGAGGUUUGGUUCCAUCAAACUUCCUGCAGCCACUGCCCUGGGAUUAGAAGAAAAGGCCCCGCUCCAGUAGGAUGUUUGCUACA